UGAAGAAAGUCAAAUAUUCAAAUAUUCUUCCCAACUCUAUUAUUUCCCCAUACUUCUGCAGAUCUGGAAAACAAAUGUUAUCAACUUCCUUCGUUUCUCCAGAUUGCACAGGAACCCUGUUGACGAACAACACAGCAGCUGCUGUGAAGGUAAAACAGAUUUUUCUGAAGAUGUCCCACUGGUCGCAGUUUACAUUUCCUUCUCAUGUUACACGGCCCCAGGCAGGACAGCGAUUCGCCGAGGAGCAGCUCGCGCUCGCUCCUCGUUGGCUGGGUUGUACACGUCAGCAGUCCAUGAGUUGUGUCACCGUUCUGUCAUUCUCUUCCUGGUAUUAACGUGUUGACACUUCGCUCUCCGCUCGGGUGCUUUCACUUAGCGACUGUUUGAGAAAAUGACUCGGCUUUCCAGCGGAAAGACGGUCGCGUCGGAAGAAAAUCCACUCCGAUUUUGAGAGAGGAGCGUCACGCGGACGUUUCGGGGCUUCCUUUGAAGAAGAGCGGCGCGAGGAAACGGAGGUCGCGGAAGAGGAGAACUCUGAACGAUGCAGACGCGCGCGAGGAGGUGAACAGAAAGCCAUACCUGCUGAAGUCCAAAGUUUGCGCUCAGGAAGCGAAAGAUGAGGUUCCGGCUGCUCCGGCGGAACCUGCUCCUGCUGCUGGGGGUUAUUUUUGUAGUUGUGACUCUCCUGCUUUCAACACGUGUGUUGGUGGUCUCUGAAAACGACGCAGGGGCAGCCAGCUUCGGGGAUGACGUCAGCAGCGGGAGCCGGGGAACGAAUUCUUGCGAGACGUUCAGCUUCGCCUCCCUGUCGGAGUUGGCGCAGUCCGUUUACAGCGCCAAUUACAAGCAGUGCGUCCGCAACGCAGACCGCUUUCCAGGGGAGCCCCAGCUGGUGCUGGUUGUGCAGGUCCACAACCGGCCAGAAUACCUCCGGCUCCUCAUCAGGUCGCUGCAGAGAGCUGCCGAGGUGCACAGUUUUCUUCUCGUCUUCAGCCACGACUAUUUUUCCCAGGAAAUCAACACAAUAGUGCAGGGGAUCACUUUCUGCAAGGUGCUGCAGAUUUAUUUCCCCUUCAGCACUCAGCUGUAUCCCAAAGAAUUUCCGGGGCAGGACCCGCGAGACUGCCCCCGGGACGCCUCCAAGGAGGAGGCUCUCAGGGCAGGAUGCCUCAACGCCGACCACCCCGACUCGUACGGACACUACAGGGAGGCCUUCAUCACCCAAACCAAGCACCACUGGUGGUGGAAGCUGCACUUCGUCUGGGAGCGCGUGCCGGCCGUGCAGGGCUACGGCGGGUACGUCGUCUUCCUGGAGGAGGACAACUACGUCAUGCCGGACUUUUUCCACUUUUACAAGCUGAUGGUGGAGUUCAGGACGACGAGCUGCCAGGACUGCGACAUGCUGGCCUUGGGGAACCACGACGGCGGGACCGACUUCGCCAGCACGUCCGAUAAGGUGUCGACGUCGGGAUGGAUGUCCACCAAACACAACAUGGGCAUGGCCAUCUCCAGGGAGGUGUACUACAAGCUGAUGGGGUGCAGCAACGACUACUGCACCUACGACGACUACAACUGGGACUGGACGCUGCAGCACCUCUCCGGAACCUGCGUCUCGAAGCCCCUCAAGGUGCUGGCGGCGCAGGCCUCCAGGGUCCUGCACACGGGGGACUGCGGCCUGCACCAGAAGGAGAACUGCAAACCAGAGGUGGCGUCGCAAAAGGCCGAGGGGAUCCUCCAGAAGGCCAGGGACGGCCUGUUUCCGCCGCGCCUCGUCCUCGGCGGCACGGAGCCGGUGGAGCACAAGGCGCAUAUUAAGAACGGAGGGUGGGGGGACGUUCGAGACCACGUUCUGUGCAACAAUUAUUCCAAACGUCUAUAAGCUCGGGGCCUUUUUCGUUGAUGGUCUACAAAUAUGCAAUCUGGAUUUUGGGGACAAAGGGCACAUUCGCGUGCUGAUCCCAUGUGAACUUGUCGUUUAUUUUGCUUUCAACAAGUGCCAAAGCCUUUUUUAGGUUGUGACUGCAAGCUCAGUCUUCUCAGUGUCUCAUAAGCCAAACCAACCAUCAGGAGAUGUGAUUCCAGAGGAGAGUAAUCAGUGUCACAAGGGUACAUUUUGUAUAGAUGUAGCUUUCUGUAACCUGAGAAGCCUUUUUAUAUUUUUCCUACUUCUGUGUUUUCGGGGAUGCCUUUUUCAGCGACGAUUUCGGCUCGUCGAUGGUUGCUUUGGGGCUGUUGCUGGAAGAUUUUCCAAAAGACAUUUCCAUGUGUUUGCGAUGGUACAAUUGGAAGUGUGAUUUUAACAAAAUUGGUGAAUGUAGAAACUGGUAGGUUUCCCAAAAAAUGUUUCCACCUUAAUCAAAUGGGAUAAAUGCUUGUCAGUCUCUUUCUAGUUGAUUGCUUUGUUCAUCAAAUGAAAAAUGUAAAUCAGGUAAUGUGAAAAUUCUUCUGUGCUGGACUAUUAUGGAUUUUUUUUUGGUCCCUUUCCUUCUUUUCUUUCUGUUUAGGAAAACAGAAAGUUUUUCUUUUUUUUUAUCUUUUAUUUGCUUUCUGAUAGGCCAAAAAAGUGACCUUUUGGAACCAGGGUUUUGGUUCUGCAAACAUCAGGAUCACAUGUGAUGCUGCUUUUCUGUAUUUGCACCUUCUAUGUUCACAAGUUGAUAAAAAAAAAAAGAUGCAACGUCUAUUUGAGAACAGAAUGAAGUAUAUGAGGGUUUUAUUUAAGAUUAUAGAAUAAUUUCCUUCUGUCUCAUUAUUGUUUGCAAGAUUUUUUUUUUCUUUGCCUUCCAUCGGACCAAAAGUGCCUUAUUCUGAAACUUCUUAAAAUGCACUGACUAUAAAUAACUAAGUACUUACACCAUAAUUUCAAUUUUGGAAUUCUUUUCCCCCCUUUGGAUAUUUUCUGGUUUUUGGUAGGGUUUUUUCUUUCCUUUUUUUCAAAUCUAGAUUUUGUUUAUGGUUAAAAUGAUUUGGUUGGGGCUUCUUUCCUAAAGCCUGGUUAAACCUGAUUGUGGUGCACCUCAGGGUGCCUUGUAAAGAUUCUUAAACCUUUGUAGUGAAUUUGUUUUCAGCUUGUAUUUUUCUGAGGAGCACAACUCUCCAAACAUCUUGGGGAAAAACGGCAAUGACAAUCCAGUGUACAAUUUGUGAAAGGUCUGCUCUUUGGGGAACACGUCUGUGUGUGAACUUAAUGAUUCCUUCAUGUUUCUGAAAAGGAAGGCCACUUUUUUUGUCACUGAUUUUGUUCUCUUGAUUUGUUCUGAUCAUCACUUGAAGUGGCUGUUCAUUCUUCACGGUUUGCCAGAUUGGGGGCAGGAAAUACUUAUGACAAAGAUGAACUUUCAUUGUUUCAUCAAAAGUUAUAAUAAAAGGUUUGUAAAACUGA